AAAAAACUUAUCCACGAGAAGAUAAGAUUCACAUUCUUUGACAAAAACCAAAGAAAAGGACAAAAAGGUAAUUUCACAAAUUUGUGAUAGAAACAGUCCUGUCUCCGUCUCCGGCUCCGGCGACGAUGAUAUGGUUGUUCUUCGCCGUGUUGACCGCUUUAUCAACGGUUUCCUCCGCCGUAACACAGUCUCAUCUCCUCCGUGUAUCUCCGGUCAAUUCUCUCUGCGCUGAUCUCAUUCGUCCCGCUAAUUACUCCUGUACCGAACACACUAUUGAAACAAAGGAUGGUUACAAAUUAGCUCUUCAACGUGUGGCUUCUUCUCAUGGUCCAAAACUUCAAAUUGGUCCACCUGUUCUGCUUCAGCAUGGACUCUUUAUGGCUGGAGAUGUGUGGUUCUUGAAUUCACCAAAAGAGUCACUUGGUUUCAUUCUUGCUGAUCAUGGGUUUGAUGUAUGGGUUGGAAAUGUUCGUGGUACACGUUAUAGUUAUGGACAUGUAACUUUGUCUGAAACUGAUAAGGAAUUUUGGGACUGGAGUUGGCAAGAUUUGGCCAUGUAUGACUUAGCAGAAAUGAUUCAGUAUCUAUAUUCAGUUUCAAACUCCAAAGUCUUCCUUGUUGGACAUUCUCAGGGGACUAUCAUGUCCUUUGCUGCUCUUACUCAGCCACAUGUUGCGGAUAUGGUUGAAGCAGCUGCGUUGCUUUGUCCAAUAUCAUACUUGGAUCAUGUCACAGCCCCACUUGUUGAAAGGAUGGUUUUUAUGCAUCUCGAUCAGAUGGUAGUUGCUCUUGGGCUGCAUCAAUUAAACUUUAGAAGUGCUACGUUAGUUAAACUUGUUGACUCGUUAUGCGAAGGGCAUAUGGAUUGCACUGAUUUCCUCACAUCUAUAACAGGGACGAAUUGUUGUUUCAAUGCCUCGAAGAUAGAAUACUAUCUAGAUUAUGAGCCUCACCCAUCAUCUGUCAAGAAUAUUCGACAUCUUUUCCAAAUGAUUCGGAAGGGGACUUUUGCUCAAUACGACUACGGGUAUUUCAAAAACCUACGGGUUUAUGGGAUGUCGAAACCUCCAGAAUUCAAACUCAGCCUCAUCCCGGCAUCAUUACCAAUGUGGAUGGGGUAUGGUGGAACUGAUGGUUUAGCAGACGUAAAAGAUGUGGAACAUACUCUCGCAGAACUACCUACCAGUCCAGAGUUGCUAUAUCUUGAGAAUUAUGGUCACAUUGACUUUGUGCUUAGCGCAAGUGCCAAAGAAGAUGUCUAUAAGCACAUGAUUCAAUUUUUCAGGGCAAGGAGAAAGUUCAGUAGUUGGUAAAAUUCUCAAUAGUCACUAUACUGCUCUCCUUUGCACAUACUUAUUUUUCCACAAAUAUAAUGUACACACACAUCUGAUUGUAAAUAUUUCCUCAAAUGUACUAUAUAUUCUGUUAAACUUAAGGAUCUGCGUCUGCGCUCUGCGGGAUGGAUAUUGUUCGUUGGAUGCAAAAUCAAUUGCAAUUACAAACUUGUGUUGAAAUUUUAGAUGCAAAAAGAAUGAGGAUUUUAGCACAAGUUUGUCACCUUACAGAGAUGAUCAUGAGAUCAGAUAUUUGACUGGCCUUUCCUUAAAGCACAACUUUCCAGUAUCCACAAGAGAUCAUCAGCUUGUACGUAAGACUCGAUGAAGUUAACAGUCGAUCUCAAAAUGUAACAUAUAAACUACGGCGAAAUGGGAAAAGAAUGAAUAUAAAGGGACAAAAGGAAGAUGCCAGAAAACACUACAUUGAACAGAGAGCACUUGCUAAAAAUGGUCGCGUUAAGAAAAUGUUACUGGUUCUAUUUAAGUAGCCUGAAGUUGUACCAGAAACUGAGCAUUACGAUGAUCUGUUACGGGU